CAAAUGUGUGUCUCAUUUCACUUUCAAAUCGUCAAGAUUUUGUUUAAUUAAUUAGCAAAAGACGCAUUUUUUGGAAUCUAUUAAGUAUAUAAUGUCGCCAGUCAAGCGUAGAAGCAGUUCAGUUCCAGUACCGAAGUACCACCAAACAUGUUAGGACAAAUCACCAGCUUAGCUAUCCUCCUCGGAGUCGCCAGUGCCGGCGUGGUGCUCGGCGGAAUCGGCGACGGCGUCGGCGUUGGCGUCGGAGUGGUCGACGGUGGCCACCGCGUCGUCGACGUCGUGACGCCCCCUAGGUACGAGUUCAAGUACGGCGUGGAGGACCACAAGACCGGCGACAGGAAACAACAAGCCGAAGUCCGCGUCAACGACGUCGUCAAGGGCGAGUACUCUCUGGCGGAGCCCGAUGGUACCGUCCGCGUCGUCAAGUACACCGCCGACGACCACAACGGCUUCAACGCAGUCGUCUCCAGAGUGGGACACGCAGUGCAUCCCCAGGUUCUAGUAAGGAAAGCUGUAGUACCGGUGGCCCAUAGCGUGGCAGUACCUGUUGCCACCCACGGCAUCGCUGUUGGAGGGUACGGAUUGGGAGGCGGGAUCCUCGACGGACGCGGGAUCCUCGACGGACGCGGGAUCCUCGAUGGGCGCGGAAGCAUCUUGGACGGGCGCGGGUUGGGUCUGGAAGGAGGGAUCUUAGGAAGACACGAAGGAAUAGCACUUGGAGGGUACUAA